GGGAGGGGUCCGCGGAGGGGGGCGCGCGGGCGCGCGCACCCGUGCGCAGGCGGGGCCGCGCAGCGGCGGCGGGAGCGCGCGGCGGCAGCUGGGAGCCCGCCGGGGCACCGGCAGCCUCGGCCGCGCCGGCCAUGGAGCCCUUCCCCAAAGACGGCGAGAGCGCGGCGGCCGCGGAGCCCAGCCGGGGCGCUGCCCCCUCCAGCGGGGUGGUGGUGCAGGUCCGGGAGAAGAAGGGCCCCCUGCGUGCCGCCAUCCCCUACAUGCCGUUCCCCGUGGCUGUCAUCUGCCUCUUCCUCAACACCUUCGUGCCGGGGCUGGGAACGUUUGUAUCUGCUUUCACCGUGCUGUGCGGAGCCCGGACCGACCUCCCUGACCGGCACAUGUGUUGUGUCUUCUGGCUGAACAUCGCCGCUGCUCUCAUUCAGAUCCUGACGGCCAUCGUGAUGGUUGGCUGGAUUAUGAGUAUAUUUUGGGGGAUGGACAUGGUCAUUCUCGCAAGCUACAAGGAACAGGGGAUCCCACAGCAGCUGUAGUGGCUGGGACAAGUAUGUUCCGAGAAACACGGCGAGAGAUUUCCUUGGGCAGCUGUGGGCCGUGGACCUUUUCAUUACCCUUUGUCUUUCUUCUUCUUCCUUUUGUUUUGUUUCCUGCUGUUUGAACCUGGUUCAUCUGCCCGUCCAGCCGAGCGGAGGUGCAGAGCAGCCGGCGGAGACUUGCACUGAUCCCAUUGAGCAGCCAGCAGCGAUGGGGCAAGCACGGCGUGGGUUCGGACUGGUCCCGGCCAGCACGCGGUGGGCAGCUGAUGAGGAGGAAGGUUCCAGGAGAAGGAAACACCCUUGGCAAAGGUGGCACCUGGGCAGGCAGCUGAGCUGGGGGAGCGCGAGAUCCUGCUUUCUCUCUCCUCCCAGGGGGAAGUAGCUGAAGACAUUUUGCCUCCUUUUAAUGCUCACCAUUAAAGGAAACCGGCUGUGAACACCAAAUGCCAAGGAGCUAUUAAUAGAUAUAUGUACAGUAUGUAAAAGCAAACCAGUGGUAUUUUUUCCCAAGCCUGAGAGUCCAUCCUUGACUGCUUUGUGGUAGCAGAGGGCUCAGAUCAGCUUUCUCUGCUCUCUGCGUACAUAUGAUGCUCAAUGAAGCUCUGUCCUUGCAGAUGUCUUGAGAAACGUGCUUGCUGUAAAUCGUAUUGUACCGCUGAACUGAGUGGGGCCAUCCCCUGCCUCCAUCCUCUGACAACACCAUGUGAAGACCAGACCUCCCACCAGCCCCUAGGGAGACUUUAUCACAAAACCUGUGCCCCGCAGCACCUUGCCUCUACCAUGGUGGGCACAGCCGCCUGCUGUCAAAAGCUUCUAGUGUAAAACAAUACUGGGGGAGACAAAAAAAAAAAAAAAGGAAGAAAAUAUACUUUUCCUCCCCUCUCCCUGAAAGGGACUUUCCGGCAGCAUCUCUGUGCUUUGGAAAAAGGUCCCAUGAUCCCAUGACAGCACGGCGUGUUCACGUGGCUGAAGCAGCGUCCUCACUCUGCUUCCCUGGGGGCCAAAUUAAUCACCAAGCGCUUUUACACCUCUCUCUGGAGCGCCGCAAAGGGAGGCCACCUCUUCUGGGACACCCAAAAACACCGGGGCUGGAUAACUCACCCCACACUUGCGGGAGCCAUGGUAUCCCCCUAACGCCCACCAUGCCGUAUCACAACACCGUGCCUCCUCACCGGCACAGACAGAGGUCACAGCCAGUGAAAACUUGUUCUGGUCAAAGGCACACGGCAUCCGGCUAUCCCGUUAUCAUCUUCUGCUCUAUAAAUAUAGAUGUUUUAGGUGCAAGUUUUACAGCUAAAGAGUAACGAAGAAUAAAUGCAAUUGCUUCAUCCUCAUCUGCCAGCAACACAGUGUUUUCUGCUGCUCUUUCCUGACUCUGAAAACCAGAUUUCUCAAAAAAAAGGGCUUUAAUGAAAUAGCUCCUUGGUACUUGAACCCAGCUGGGCUGAACAGCUGAUUUACUACUCUGUGGAAAGCAGUUCCAGGUAGGAACCAGACCAAAUGUCUUUUUGAAAUUUGUGGCCAGUCGUAAACUAGUUUCAUUCUGGGUCAGCCCAACCAUUUCAACACAGAGCACGUUAACCUUUUUUCUAACUUCGUUGGUGUUGCUAAAUCCGUACUCACCAUGGAAAAGGUGCUAUGGCAGAUGGCCCCUGCCCUCCUGGCCCUUUGCCCGCCUGACCACGCUUGCCACGGGGGUUUGGCAUCACUUUGGGCCACAGCACAUGUGCUUGUCCAUUGAGGACAGAAAGGUGAGCGGAGCUUUGUGCCAGGAGCGGCUCCAGCACACAGCCGUGUGGUGGCGAGUGUUGGACAUGCAAGGUGCCUCCACCCGUGCCCCAUCCUGUGCUUCACCAGACAAAGCUGCAUGUUUCUCCCUACGUGCAUCAUUGACUGUCACACGUUUUAUUAAAGACCUUUCAGUUCUGCUGGAAAUCA